AUGUCUUCCGCCGGGGGCGGGUCUACUUCAAGCUCCGACGAGAAGCCAGAAAAGCCCGCUGAUAUCUCGCCAGAAAAUCGGCAAAGAGUUGCGAGGCUCGCUAGGCAAUUGACAGACACGUCUAUCCAUGCGGCCCCUGCAUCUAGCCCUUUCCAUGGCUCCAACGACCCCAAGCUUGAUCCUAGCUCCCCGAGUUUCAGUGCCAAGCACUGGGCCGAAACCGUGAUUGCGUUGAUGUCCACUGAUGCCGAACGGUACUUGCCGCGAAAGGCCGGUGUCUCGUUCCAGAAUCUGAGUGUGCAUGGCUUUGGCAGUCCAAUUAGCUACCAAAAGGACUUUCUGAACGUUGUACUACAAGUGACCGACAUCCUGACGGGUUUGAUAAAUCGCAAGGAUCAGAAGAUUCAGAUUUUGAGAGAUCACAACGGCUUGCUUCGAAGUGGUGAGAUGCUACUUGUGUUGGGAAGACCGGGCAGUGGAGUUUCAACAUUUUUGAAGUCAGUUGCGGGAGAGACAAAGGGGCUUUACUUGGAUGCAUCCACGGAGUUCAAUUAUCAGGGAAUUCCUCGCAAAGCAAUGCGCAGACAGUUCCGUGGUGAUGUCAUCUACCAAGCCGAGACAGACGUGCAUUUCCCCCACUUAACUGUUGGACAGACGCUUUUGUAUGCGGCUCUAGCAAAAGCUCCCAGCAAUCGACUACCUGGUGUUUCUCGCGAGAAAUAUGCGCAGCAUGUGCGCGAUGUGAUCAUGGCCAUUUUUGGUCUUUCCCAUACCCUUCAUACCAAAGUGGGCAAUGAAUUUGUUCGUGGUGUCAGCGGUGGUGAGCGCAAGCGAGUCAGUAUUGCUGAGGUUGCGCUUGCACAAAGUCCUAUCCAAUGUUGGGACAAUAGUACCAGAGGACUGGACAGUGCUACAGCCUUGAAAUUUGUUCAAACUCUUCGUCUGGCUGCGGAUAUCAACAGUACAGCCACAAUUGUGGCCCUGUACCAGGCUUCUCAGGAAUCAUAUGAGAUCUUUGACAAAGUUGCUGUCUUGUACGAGGGCCGUCAAAUUUACUUCGGUCCGGUACAUCAAGCCAAGGAAUACUUUAUCGAACUAGGAUAUCAUUGCCCAGAUCGUCAGACCACUGCGGACUUCCUUACAUCUCUCACAAUGCCCGUUGAGCGAGUGGUUCGAGCCGGAUUUGAAGAUCGUGUUCCUCGAACACCUGACGAAUUCGCAAAGGCAUGGAAGGAGAGUGCUCUCAAUAGAGAAUUGAUGCAGGAAAUCACCGAGUUCGACAAAGAACAUCCGGUCGGAGGGCCUGCAGUUACUCGCUUCCAAGAGUCCAGAAAAGCCGAGAAAAGUUCAUUUAUGACGCCCCAUUCACCAUAUACAAUCUCAGUCCCUUUGCAAGUUCUCUUAUGCAUUCGUCGAGGCUUUCGUCGGAUUCAGGGUGACAUAAGUUUCUUUGCCGUUACCGUUGGCGGUAACUUUGUCAUGUCUCUGAUUCUUGGAAGUGUCUUCUUUGACCUAGCAGACACCAGUGCAAGUCUUAACAACCGAUGCAUCCUACUUUUCUUUGCAUUGCUAUUCAACGCUCUCAACAGUUCUCUCGAGAUCCUUUCUCUAUACGCCCAGCGACAGAUUGUUGAAAAGCAUGCGACUUAUGCAUUUUACCAUCCACUAUCAGAAGCUCUAGCUUCCAUGAUCUGUGAUCUUCCUUCCAAGAUGCUGUCAACCGUGGCCUUCAACAUUCCCCUCUACUAUAUGGCUAAUCUGAGAAACGAGUCUGCUCAUGUGGUCAUCUACUUGCUAUUCGCUUUCUCCUCAACGCUGACAAUGUCAAUGAUAUUUCGUACAAUUGGCCAAUUGACCCGGACCAUUGCCGAAGCUCUGACACCAGCUGCUCUUUUGGUUAUUGGUCUGGUGAUGUACACUGGGUUCAUCAUUCCCAUUCGCAACAUGCAGGGCUGGCUUCGUUGGAUUAACUACAUCAAUCCGCUUGCUUAUUCCUACGAGGCGCUGGUUGCAAAUGAGUUUCACAAUCGGAAUUUCGAUUGCGAAAGCUUUGUGCCCGAAGGUCCUAGCUAUGGGAACAUCACAAGUGCCGAACGGACUUGUUCAGUGGCUGGAGCCUCAACUGGGUCAUCUGUGGUCAACGGGAACCUUUAUGCUGACGAGAAUUAUGGGUACUAUUAUUCACAUGUCUGGCGAAACUUUCGGAUUCUGAUCGGAUAUAUUGUCUUCUUCAUGGUUGUGUAUGUCUUGACAGCUGAGUACAUCACUGCCGACCGAGGCAAAGGCGAUAUUCUCCUCUUCAGGCGGAAGCAUAUCUCGACUUUGAAGGAAAGAAACCAGGGAGAUGAAGAGUCUGCAUUUGAAAAGGGUCCUGCAGUCAUAGAACCCGGCAUAGAUACCGAGCAAGGCAGUGUGGGAGAGGACAAGACAGUUGCUAUUCAAGAACAAACAAACGUUCUGCAUUGGCGAAACCUUACUUAUGAUGUCCCCAUAAAAGGCGGGAUACGGAGAAUUUCGGAUCACGUCGACGUCUGGGUCAAGCCAGGAUCGUUGACGGCUCUGAUGGGAGCCUCGGGUGCAGGAAAAACCACGCUUCUCGACGUGCUAGCUAACCGAGUACGAACAGGUAUUGUAGGUGGCGAUAUCUUCAUAAACGGCCUUCCGCGAGAUGCCUCGUUUCAGCGUCGAAUAGGCUACGUCCAACAACAAGAUCUUCAUCUUGAAACUGCCACGGUGAGGGAAGCAUUGCAGUUCAGCGCUCUCCUCCGACAGCCUGAGACGGCCAGUAGGGAGGAAAAACUACAAACAGUUGAAGAGGUCAUUGACCUUCUUGAAAUGAAACCUUACGCAGAAGCUGUCGUCGGUGUCCCGGGAGAGGGUUUGAAUGUCGAGCAGCGGAAACGGCUGACAAUUGGUGUGGAGCUGGCAGCAAAGCCAGAUCUCCUAUUCUUUCUGGAUGAACCGACAUCAGGACUCGAUAGUCAAACUGCCUGGUCAAUCUUGCUGCUGCUGCGAAAGUUGACCAACCAUGGACAGGCUAUUCUCUGCACCAUUCACCAACCUUCCGCAAUGCUCUUUCAACAAUUCGAUCGCCUUCUUUUAUUGGCAGCUGGAGGUCGCACAGUGUACUUUGGGGAUAUUGGAGAAAACUCUCAGACUCUGACCAAUUAUUUCGAGCAAUACGGAGUCGAGCACUGUGCAGUAGAUGAGAAUCCGGCAGAGUGGAUGCUUCGAGUGAUCGGAGCUGCUCCAGGAACCACUACAAUCCGUGACUGGCCAGAGACUUGGCGCAAAAGUCCAGAGUACUCGAAAGUCCAGAAGUAUUUGACGUUUUUGGAAAAGGAAGCGAAGCUCGAGGGAAAAUUCAGUACUGGCCUGACUCAGGAGUUUGCCAGCCCGUUCUACAUGCAGCUUCUACUCUGCACCAAACGUGUAUUUGAGCAGUACUGGCGAACGCCUUCCUAUCUUUAUUCCAAGUUGGCCAUGUGUUUUAUCACUGCUUUGUUCAUUGGACUUUCCUUUUUGCAGACUAAAAUCACUGUGCUCGGGUUGGAGCAUCAGAUGUUUGCCAUUUUCAUGCUUCUCAUUAUAUUUCCAUUUCUUGCUUACCAGACAAUGCCAAACUUCAUUCUUCAGCGUGACCUCUACGAGGUGCGCGAGUGUCCGUCCAAGGCAUAUUCUUGGGCUGCAUUCAUUUUGGCCCAGGUCACCGUUGAACUGCCUUGGAACUCAUUGGCUGCUGUUAUCACUUUCUUCCCCUUCUACUACCUCAUUGGCAUGAAUCAAAACGCGGUUCCAACACAUGCCGUCACCGAAAGGGGAGGUUUGAUGUUCUUGCUUUUGUGGGCUUUCUUGAUGCACUGUAGCACAUUCACCACGAUGAUCGUGGCUGCAGCCGCCACAGCUGAGAUUGGUGCAAUCCUAGCCUUGCUACUGUUUACGUUCUGCUUGAUUUUCUGCGGUGUCAUGGCUUCUCCCACCCUGCUUCCAGGGUUUUGGAUAUUCAUGUACCGUGUUUCACCAUUGACCUAUCUCAUCAGUGGCAUGCUCUCUGCUGGACUAGGAAAUAUCGAUGUUCAGUGCUCUGAUUUGGAGCUAACCUUUGUCCAGCCUCCUUCUGGCGUGACCUGUGGGAAAUAUCUAGCAGACUACAUGGCGACAGCUGGUGGUGCAGUUUACAACCCCAAUGCCACGGCUGAUUGUGAAUUCUGUUCUAUGACAGAGUCAAAUGUCUUUUUGGCGUCUGUUUCGUCAUACUACAGCGAACGCUGGAGGAACUUUGGCUUGAUGUGGGUUUAUAUUGCCUUCAACGUAUUCGCUACAUUGGGGUUGUACUGGUAUAUUCGGACAGAUUCAAAUGAUUGCGUCAAUGUCUUCCUAUGCGUUUACACCUCUAUCUCUACAUCCGAGGACAGCAAGUCAGGACAAUCAAGGGACUAG